CCGAUAAUACGCAGCGUGAACACGACCGACUUCAUAGAAAGAGUGACCAAUACGCUGCGUUUUAAAGGAAAUCAAUUACAAAAAAGGAAGCGAUCAAGGCAGUUGAGACUUGAGAGACGAGCCGUGUGUGAGAGAGAGAUUUAAGGAGAGACUGAGGAGGAUGGAGAAUCUAUGGCGAAUCGCGACGGGUCAAGAUCCGAACCGAGAAGAUUACGAAGGGAUCGAGUUCUGGUCAAACCCAGAGCGAUCCGGUUGGCUAACCAAGCAGGGCGAUUACAUAAAGACCUGGCGCCGACGCUGGUUCGUGCUCAAGCGAGGGAAGCUCCUCUGGUUCAAGGACCAAGCCGCCGCCGAAACCCGCGGAUCCACGCCGCGCGGCGUGAUCUCGGUGGGGGAUUGUCUGACAGUCAAAGGAGCUGAGGACGUGGUGAACAAGCCUUUCGCCUUCGAGAUUUCCAGCGGGAGCUACACCUUGUUCUUCGUGGCGGAUAACGACAAGGAGAAAGAGGAGUGGAUCAACUCUAUCGGUAGGUCCAUCGUGCAGCACUCGAGAUCGGUUACUGAUUCUGAAGUCCUCGAUUACGAUCACAGGCCGUGACUUUAGCUCAAACUCUUCGAUGUAAUGUUUGAUUUUACGAUUUCGCCUUUAGGGUUUCCACUCUUGUGUCUCUUCUCUUGCUUAAUUAUUGUACCUCAACGCAAUGUAAGUAUGGCUUCUAGAUCCUAAUGUCUCUUUGUUAUGAUUUAUCUUCUUGAUCGA